AUGGAUGCACAAGAUGGCGUGCGCUCUGAUUCCGCAGGCAGGACAUAUUUCCACUUAGCGGAAGAAGACCAUUUCGACCAGAAGGCGCAGAGUGCUAGCGGUUCAAGGGAAUCAUCUGGCGACUAUGACCGUGCAUAUGCGGACGACGAAACCGAGAUUCGCACAUCGCUCGAACGACGACAACAUGAUUACGAAACUCUCACCGCCGAGGAAGAAGCCGAGCGAUUGAUUCUCGGUGGAAACGAUGCUACCUCAGACAGGAAUUUCAAGCAGAAAUCCUCGAGGCAGCGGAAGAAAGGUCUCAUGGGCAGGAGGAAGCGCAGUAGCACAGCGAUGGACGCUGAAGGCGAGCUCCUCUUCAAGGCUGAAAAGGGCGGGCGUUCAUCGAGCGAAGACAGCCAUGAUUCGGACUCAAGACGUUCAAAUGGAAACCCGCUGAAUCAGAAAAGGUGCUGCUGUACCGUAACGGUCGGUCUGACAGCAGUCGUGAUCGUGACAAUUGGAAUACUAUUCAUCGCCUACAUGAUUUCGAAUGCUAUGCAGGAACCUCCCGCAUCGAACAUGGCGAAGACGUUGUCGAACGGGACUCAUAUUUUCAAACCGACGACCAUCCUCAUCUCUUUAGACGGCUUCCGAGCCGACUUUCUCAACCGAGGUCUCACACCAACGUUGCAAUCUUUCAUCAAACAAGGCGUCUCACCCGAAUACAUGAUGCCAUCAUUCCCCUCAGUGACAUUUCCCAAUCACUUCACACUUGCGACUGGGCUAUAUCCCGAGGCGCACGGCAUUGUCGGAAACACCUUUUGGGAUCCCACAUUCGAAAAGGAAUUCUAUUAUACAGAUCCUGCCCGGAGCAUGUCACCGGAAUGGUGGAACGCCGAGCCUAUUUGGGUGACCGCCGAAAAGCAUGAUCUUCGUUCGGCGAUUCAUAUGUGGCCCGGUAGCGAGGCACAUAUCGGUGGAAUUGAACCGACUUACCUCGACAGAUUCAACAGUAAAGAACAUUUAGACAAUAAAGUGCGCCAGGUGAUCAAUUGGCUCGACCUUCCGGGCCCUGAAGACCCCAACACAUCCAAGGAUACUCCGAGACCACAAUUGAUUGCAUUUUACGUACCGGAUGUUGAUAGCGAUGGUCACGCGUUUGGACCCAACUCAACCUAUAUUCGAUCGACCAUUGCCGAAGUGGACGGCAUGCUCGGAAAGCUCGUCACCGCCCUGGACCAGCGCAACCUGACGGAUAUUGUGAACGUGGUGGUCGUUUCGGACCACGGCAUGGCCACGACGUCCACUGAACGACUGAUCCAAUUCGAAGACCUCAUAGACCCAGCCCUCAUCGCCCACACCGACGGCUGGCCGCUCUACGGUCUCCGACCCGUGGACCCGUCCCCCGAAAACCUCCAGAAGCUCUACAACGACCUCCUCGCCAAAUCCCUCCUGCCAGAAAACAAAGACCACUUCAAAGUCUACCUCCGCGACACCAACAUGCCCCCCGAAUACCACUUCUCCCGCAACCCGCGCAUCGCCCCCCUCUGGAUCGUCCCCGCCGUAGGCUGGGCCAUCGUGACCCGCUCCGAAUUCGACCUCUCCUCGACAUCGUCUUCGGCCCAAGUCUACCACCCCCGCGGUCUGCACGGCUACGACCACACGCACCCCCUCAUGCGCGCCAUCUUCGCCGCCCGCGGCCCGGCCUUCUCCCAUCAUCUCCCCGCCGGCACCCGCCUCGAGCCUUUCCAGAACAUCGAAGUGUACAACCUCGUCUGCGACAGCCUCGGGAUCCCGCCCGUGCCGAACAACGGCACUCUGCGCCUGCCGUUCACAUCCGCGCAUUCGGCUCCUGCGGGCCCGGCGUCGACGACGGCGGCGGCGGAUUAUGAGGAUGGUGAUAUCUCGGCGGCGCUGGAAGUCCCGCAUGGUUCUUCUUCUUCUGCUGCUGCCCUGGAUGACUCUGCGGGACAGAUCCUCCCGCCGACAUUUCCCGUGGUGGGCGUCCCUGAUGCGGAGAAGGCGCCUGGUGGUGGUGGUGGUCAUGACGAUGCGGCCAGUCCUGCCCUUUCCACCCUCACCGGCGUGUUGGUGGGUGCGUCACCACCGUCGUCGCUGCCGUCGCCGUCGCCGCCACUGCCUGCGCCCGUGGGAGGGGAGAAGAAGACCUUUUGGGAAUGGAUGAGGGAGAAAUUCAACAGCAUCAAGAACUGGGGCGGAUGA